AUGAACCUGAACGCUUUGUUCCAGCACAUCCAGUUCACUGAGAAGCAGGCAAGGGAGAAGAGGAGCUUCAUCCAGCAAGCUAAAUGUGACAUAAAUAGAAGUUAUGAAAAAAUUAACCAAAUAAAAGAAGAGCUGAGCGCUGCAAAAAUUAACCUAGAAACCAAGGUUCAGCAUCUGUCUGUAAAGCAGUUCAAUGUAGAAAUUCUGAAGAAACAUGAAGACAGCUUAGAAAAACAAAAAGCUGAACUUAUUAAUCAAAGAACCAGUCUUCUUAAAAUCAUGGCAGAUGCAAAGAGAAAAAUUGCUGAAGAGGAAGAUAAUUUUACUAGAGAAAUAACAGAGUUUAACAAUGAAUAUGGACUAACAAGUAAUAGGGAUCUUCUCAUUAAAAAGAAAGUCAAGACUGAAAUAAAUGAUUUAGAGAAUGAGGCAGCUCUGUUGAAAAAUGAAAUGGAGUCAAUGGAACAUAAAAAUGUUCAGUUAAAUGCACUCCAGCUGCAGAAGAAUGAAUUAAAGCAGGAUUUAUUUACUCUCCAAAGUGAGCUCAAAGACCUUGAGAAAGUAAUCAGGGAAGCAGAAAGAAUGACAAAAGAUUUAGAAGCAGAAAAAGUCCAAGUCACUGAAAAACCUCAGACUGAUCCUGAAUGUUUAAGACUUAAGAAAGAGUUGGAAAAAUGCAAAGAUGAUAAUUGGGAAAGCGUCUGUGAGACUCUUCAAACAGAAAUUGAAAUUCUGCAAAUGAAUUUAUCACAAAAGAAGUCUUCAGAGAAAUGA